CAGUUCGUUAGGAUUUACUUACGUUCACCAGCAGCUGGUGCCUCAAGGUCUCACUCAACAUCCUUGUAAACACAACGAUCAACACUACACUUCAACUGAGGGUAUCCCCUGAGGUCGUGUCGAUAGCAACAUCAGUAGGUGCGCUUGCAUCAGACGCAAUUACGCCAAUUAUCCACCCAUGUCGGUAUCACCAUCGACAGCAACAGCACUGCCAGCGAAUGUGGACAUCAUUCGAGAGGCUUUUCGCAUGUCCGACACCGCGCGCUUCUUCCAUCUAUUGCGCCAAGCCAGCUCGCUUAUUCGCCUGCAUGGUCCGUACACCACGUUCAGCGGCACAACCGCCUUCUCACCCGCGCCCGUUCCACCCCCAAGGACUACUACGGCUUCGGUCAAGGAUGUCGCCGUCUCUCUUGCCGCAGCUCAAGACUCGAUCGACACUGCACAACCCGAAGGGCCGGCUAAGGAAGACCUUGUUCUCUUCAAACACCUCUGGGAAACUACCAUCACCAUCCUCGAAAAGCUACUUGAUGGCGGAGAACUAGACCAGGAAUCCUUUGGCUGGGGCAUAUAUGGUCUUGCCUCUGGCUACAUGCAACCCCCCGCAAACAAUGUGGCAACCUGCAACCUCUUCUCGUUGCACAAACAUCGCCUGUAUGUGGCACUCGCAUCAUUGCCGUCAAUGGACUCAUUCGCGCGUCAGAGGAAUAAGUACGUCGUGAGCGAGAAGACCAAUAUCCAGUCCCUCGUCAAGGCAAGGAGGGAGGUGCAUAUUUGCGGCAACCUACUACUACAGCAGUUCAGGCAGGAGAGUUGGCGGUGUGUGAGGUGGUGGCAUGCAAUUGCAAUUGCCGAGCGGUGGACCGAGCUGCUAGGACGGAUGCCUGCGGAUCUGCAUCUGCGAAAGGAACGGACGCUCUCAGGGAUGAAGCCUGAUGAGCAAACGGUCGCUUAAGCAUUUGAAGAACAUGGUGGUAUUGUGGCGUAGUAGAGCUAGGUGGAUUGAGCGUGGAGUAUUUAAACCGCCAAAAAUAUGGAGUCAAAAACGCCUAAUGGUAUGUUUUUUAAUCGCUUAUAGAUUUCUGGUCAUCGAAGAACGAAUCUGAAGCACUGGACAGGUUGUUGGGUCCGCCCUGCAUCGCUAAGCGACGGGCCGUUUAGAUAUACCAUCCCCAGGUUUCGUU